CGCGCGGGUCCCCAGCACAUCUGGGCGAGAGCGGCGCAGCUGGAACCGAGGGGGGCGCCGAGCGCAUAUCUGGAGCGGCGGAACCACAGCGCAGCUGGGGCCCUUCGAGGCCCUCGGGGAGCACAUCUGGGACCUCGGGAGCCGCGCAGCGCGCAGCUGGACCAGUGCAGGGAGGCGGUGGCUAUACUGCUGGACCGAAGGGGGCGGGGUCGGUCCUGGAAGAUUGGCAAAGGGAAGGGCCGCGAGCCACCGGAGCCUAAAGGAGCAGAGGUGAAAAGGGGGCCCCGGACCCCGAAAGGAAAAGAGGCGAGAAAAGGGACGAGAGCAGAGAAGGACGAUGCAACUGACUCGCUGCUGCUUCGUGUUCCUAGUGCAGGGCAGCCUCUAUCUGGUCAUCUGUGGCCGGGAUGAUGGUCCCCCCAGCUCGGAAGACGCCGAGCACGAUGACCAUGAGAGCCAGCCCCGGCCCCGGGUUCCUCGGAAGCGGGGCCACAUCUCACCUAAGUCUCGCCCCAUGGCCAACUCUACCCUCCUAGGGCUGCUGGCUCCACCUGGGGAGGCAUGGGGCGUCCUUGGGCAGCCCCCCAAUCGCCCAGUCCAUAGCCCCCCACCCUCAGCCAAAGUGAAGAAGAUCUUUGGCUGGGGAGACUUCUACUCCAACAUCAAGACAGUAGCCCUGAACCUGCUUGUCACGGGGAAGAUCGUGGACCAUGGCAACGGGACCUUCAGCGUCUACUUCCGACACAAUGCCACAGGCCAGGGCAACAUCUCCAUCAGCCUUGUGCCCCCUAGCAAGGCUGUGGAGUUCCACCAGGAGCAGCAGAUCUUCAUCGAAGCCAAGGCCUCCAAGAUCUUCAACUGCCGAAUGGAGUGGGAGAAGGUGGAACGGGGCCGCCGGACCUCGCUCUGCACCCAUGACCCAGCCAAGACCUGCUCCCGAGACCACUCCCAAAGCUCAGCCACCUGGAGCUGCUCCCAGCCCUUCAAAGUCGUCUGUGUCUACAUCGCCUUCUACAGCACAGACUACCGGCUGGUGCAGAAGGUGUGCCCAGAUUACAACUACCAUAGUGAUACCCCCUACUACCCUUCCGGAUGACCCUGGGGAGGCCACAGAGGCCAGGCCAGGGCUGGAGGACAGGCCUGCCCAGGGAGAGAGCCAUCUGUGUGGACACUGGGCAGGGAGGGGGGUGGAGAAGAGGAGAUGCCAAGUGGAGCCAGGGCCAAGUCUUAGGCGGAGGGGAAGGGGUCCCAUAUGCUGGUCCCAACCUGAGGUUCUGGAGCGCUUAGAGCACAGAAGCA